AACAUAAAACAGAACGGGUGAUGAACUGUGAAGAUUUGAAGACUAAAAAUCUGAAAUCCUUGAUGAAGAAAUCGCGUCUGAGACUGACUAAAUUGAUCAUCGAUUUGUUCUGAAACCAUCCAUAAUCGUCUUCUACAUUGUUCUCGUACCUAACCCUAACCCUAGAGGGCCUCCAAAUACGUUGAGCCGGCUCUGGUUAUGGAAUCAAAGAAGAAGGUUGUAGAAGAACAACAGAGUCACGAGAAGGUUGUGAAUUGGGAGGAUUAUCAGCAUGAGGUUGCUCGCCUUUCCAGUUUGUCGUCUGCGGUUAAUGAAGCCAAUUAUAACAAGUCUUUGAUGCAAGAGAAACUUAACGACUAUUUACAGUUUGAAGCAGAGUCAUUAAGUUGGUCUAAUCAACUAGAUGAGAUGCGUGAAAAAUUGGAAGCACGGAAACUGGUAAUGGGAAACACGUCAAUGAAUUUAAAAGUCGUACAAGAAAAGGCUAAAAAGCAGGAGGAUGAACUAAACUCCCAGAUUAGAUCUCUGCUUAUGGCCGGAACUUCUCUUUCUGUUGCUAGUAGGAGCUUGCAGGAAGAAAAUAAUUCUUUGGCUGGAGAAAGAGGGUAUGGUCAUUUAAAGAAUGUGCAGAAGUUGCUGAGGAUGAGACAGCAAUUCUUGGUGUUCCAAAUUUCAUUACUCUAUCCUGUGAAAGUUGCCACUGGACAUACAUUCGACCAAGAACUUGAUUCAUAUUCCAACAACAGUAAAUCAGGGAAUCCUUCUGGAGUGAAAGCACUUGAUGCCUCAGGAUCUCUGACUAUAUCAGGUCUUCAUCUGACUGUACUCCCUUUUAAGAAAAUGAGUUUUUUCACUGAUAAGAAGGAAGUCCAGAGCUCAGCAACUGCUCUUGGUUAUGUUGCACAUGCUGUUUCAUUAAUCGCUUUUUAUUUAGAAACUCCUUUGCGCUACCCGUUACGAUUAGGAGGUUCUCGUACAUAUAUAUGUGAUUAUGCUCCCUCAGUGGAGCCCACAUCAUCUGAUUUUACAUCAAUCUCAUUACCUUCCUUGAGCUCAAAGCCAAUGGAAUUUCCCCUGUUCUUGGAAGGACAAGACACAACAAGAUCAGCUUAUGCCGUUUUUCUACUAAAUAAGGAUUUGGAGCAGCUCUUGAAUUUUAUUGGUGUUGAAAGUUUAGGGCCACGGCAUGUGCUGGCUAAUCUGAAAGAGCUGCUAAACAAUAUCUUCUCUCCAGAUUACAUCAAUUUAUAACCAAAGUUUUCUUUCCUGUACAUGUUUUUUUGUUUUUUUACACGGUGCUUGUUUUUCCCGUUAAUGGAGCACCUGCAGACUGACUUAUAUUAUUGAAAAUGUAUGUAUGUAUGUAUGUAUGUGUAUUUAGGGCAUGUCUUGAUGUGAAGAAUUUUUCUUGUCAUUCAAAAUAGCAAAUACAUGAUGAUAGGGAUGUUUGCUGUUGAUUGAGAGAGAUUCUUUUCUUGGUUUCAAGUAAUGGUUGUAGUGUCAUUCAUGGGUCACGCCUGCCUAAUGCAUGCAUGCAUGCAAGGUCUUGGUGAGUUGGGUUCUGAUUAGGUGUUAUAUUUCACAACUCAGUCUGUUGUUUGUCUCGCAUGAUUUGGAGCAGCUCCUGACUGAAUUUUAUUGGUGUUGAAAGUUUAGGGCUGCUGGCUAAUCUGAAAGAGGAGUAUUCUCUCUCUCUCAAUUUAUAACUAAAGUUUCCAUUUCUCCUCUA